AUGCUAUGGUCCUGCUGCCUGGGUUUGCUUCUAUCAUCUCCCGGACAAGCCGCAGAUGUCAAGCGGGAACCGGAAGCAUUCACGCGGCGAAGCGGGCGUUCUCGCGCAAAGUCUAGCUGCAACCUGCCUCACCGAUAUCCAACUCCACGACCGCGAAGCUACACUACAAACUUUCUUGAUCAAUAA